UAUUGAGUUACAUCAUUAUCACUUGAUGAGUUUAACCGGGUCCCUCACUCGAGACAAGCCUCCCGCUAGUGAUCUUUUCCGAGGUUAACCAAGCCUGCUAAUUCGGUAUUGCUUUAGAUCGCCCUUUCGAUCUUUCCGAAGAAUUGUUAUGGCCGACGCCGCUGAAGCCGAAAAAUAUCGAUCCAAGAAUGCUUACCCAGUACCGCUGAAGAGCGCCAAAUGCAACCCUAAAUGCCUUUUGAAGAAGUACCUCACAAACCAGGUGUUUGACCAACUCAAGACUAAGAAAACCAAGCGAGGGGUCAGCCUGUGGGAUUGCAUCAACUCGGGCGUGGUGAACUUGGACUCUGGCACGGGCGUCUACGCUGGGGAUGAAGAGUCCUACACGGUGUUUGCCCCGUUGUUCGAUAAAGUCAUCGAGGACUACCAUUCGCCCUACAAGCUCAAGGAUGGCCAUACCUCGGACAUGAAUCCGGACAGGGUGAAUGCUCCGGACCUUGAUCCAGACAACCGCUUUAUCCGAUCAACGCGUAUCCGCGUCGGGCGUAACUUGAAAGGGUAUGGUCUUGCCCCAAGUCUUACCAAGAAGGAAAGGGUGGAGCUAGAGAAGAAGGUUGUCGGAGUUCUUACCUCUCUGACAGGCGACCUCGCUGGCAAGUAUUACCCGCUGACUGGUAUGGACGAGGUGACCAGAGAGCAGCUGGUUAAUGACCAUUUCCUGUUCAAAAAGGGUGACCGCUUCCUGGACGCUGCCGGAUGCAACAAGGAGUGGCCUGAAGGUAGAGGAAUUUUCCACAACAAUGAAAAGACCUUCCUGGUCUGGGUGAACGAAGAAGAUCAGCUUCGUAUCAUCAGCAUGGAGAUGGGCAGUGACAUCGGCUCUGUCUUCAGCAGACUCUGCCGCGCUGUUAACGAGCUGGACAAGAAGCUUGGCUUCCAGCACACCAAGAGCCAUGGUUACCUGACGUCCUGCCCAACUAACCUCGGCACAGGCAUGCGUGCAAGCGUCCACGUGAAGAUCCCUCACGCAAAGGACCACCCCGAGUUUGACAAGAUCUGUGAGAAGUUUCACAUCCAGGCGCGUGGAAUCCACGGAGAGCACUCCGAGUCUACUGGAGAAGACGCUGGUGUUUAUGACAUAAGUAACAAGAGAAGGCUGGGCUUGUCUGAGGUGCAGUGCGUGCAGGACAUGUACAAUGGCGUCAAGAGUCUGCUGGAGAUUGAAAGAGCCGCCAUUGAGAAACAGCGCUCCGUGUUCCCUGAAGCCCUGAACAAGGAGGAGUGCAAGUCCUUGCUGAAGAAGUACCUCACUGCUGAGAUGUUCAACUCCCUCAAGGAUAAGAAGACUGCUAAGGGAAUCUCCCUUUACGACUGCAUCAACUCUGGUGUGGUCAACCUGGACUCGUCAUGUGGAGUAUACGCAGGUGACGAGGAGAGCUAUUCCCUCUUUUCCCCUCUCUUUGACAAAAUUGUGGAGCACUACCAUGCCCCUUACAAGCUUGCGGACAAGCACACCUCCGACAUGAACCCGGAGAAGGUGACUGCACCGAACCUGGACCCGGAUGGCGUCUUUAUCAGGUCCACGCGAAUCCGAGUAGCGCGCAACCUGAAGGGAUACGCCCUCACCCCUGGACUCACACGGAAGGAGAGGAACGAGAUCGAGAAGAAGGUCACGGAGGUGUUGUGCUCUCUGACUGGCGACCUUGCUGGCAAGUAUUACCCGCUGACUGGUAUGGACGAGGCGACCAGGCAGAAGCUUGUCGACGAUCACUUUCUUUUCAAGAAAGGUGAUCGCUUCCUGGAAGCAGCUGGCGUCAACAAGCUCUGGCCAGAAGGGCGUGGCAUAUUCCACAAUAACGAUAAGACCUUCCUGGUCUGGAUAAACGAGGAGGAUCAGCUACGUAUCAUCAGCAUGGAGAAGGGCAGUGACAUCGGCUCUGUCUUCAGCAGACUCUGCCGCGCUGUUAACGAGCUGGACAAGAAGCUUGGCUUCCAGCACACAGACGCACACGGUUAUCUCUCGGGCUGCCCCACCAACCUCGGUACAGGCAUGCGCGCUAGUGUUCACGUCAAGAUCCCCAAGGCAAGCGAGCAUCCCGACUUCCAGAAGAUCUGCGAUGAGUUCCACAUCCAGGCGCGUGGUAUUCAUGGAGAGCACUCGGUAUCUACUGGAGAGGACGCAGGUGUGUUUGACAUCAGUAACAAGAGAAGGCUGGGCUUGUCCGAGGUGCAGUGCGUGCAGGACAUGUACAAUGGCGUCAAGAAGCUCCUAGAGAUCGAGAAGGCCGCCUAAGAAGUGUGUGUGUCCCUGACUGACUGCAAGGAGGAAGCUUUAGAUGUCCUUGAACGUGUUUCGCGCUCAGUCAAAGGGAUCUAAAGAAGCGUACAAAUUCUUGUAUUGUGAUUUCUGUUCUUAUGAUUAAAUAGAUUUUAAAA